UCCUUUUUUUUCCUGCAAGAAUAUUCUCAUUUGGCCCCUUUGGAAAUAGCAAUAUUAAUUCUGAGAUCCCCGCAAUCUCUUGGAAUACCAAAACUGAACCCAUUUUCUCCGAUCCGUCGUCUUCAUAGUUCAUAUUCCCCAACUUCACUGUCUCACGUCACCUCUCUGUGCUUCAAAAAGCUUGUCGCCUUUAAAGACAACAACUCAAAGUGUUUUCUCUCUUCAUAUGCUUCAGGUUGUAAUUGAGUUCCAAUUUUACUUCAUGUGUAUGCAGUGCUUCAAAUCUGGAAGCAGAGAUGGAAUUCUAUUUCUCCUACAUGAAGUAUACCAUCAAUCAUGGAGUACGCUGUAAUUUGAGAUAGCAAAACAAAAGCCACUAUUAUUGACAUCACUUUUGCAUGCUGAAAGCCUUGAGUUUAUUGAGGUUAAUGCUUCUGAAAUUGAGAGGGGGAGUCCACAAUAUGUACAAGAUCAAGAUAGCUUAUAACCUACUGCAGGAAACAGAGACAGAAUUCUAUUGCUCUUUCCAGCAGCUACCAGCAAUUUUGGAUGAUACUGUGAUUCAUGAGAGCACAAUAAGAUCUACGAACAUAAGACAUUAUUUUGCCUGCUGACAGCAGUGAGUUUAAUCAGAUUAAUUUUGCAAUUCAGACAAGGAGCCCACAAAUAUUCCUAGACCAAGAGUGCUGAUAACCUCAAGCAGAGAAUAAAUUCUAUUCAGUAUACAAAUAAUUUUGAAGUAUAUUGUGAUUCAGGAGAGCAAAGCAAAGCCAUCUAACAUAGACAUCAGUUUGCUUGAUGAAAGCACUGAGUUAAUUGGGUUAGCAAUUUUGUAAUUGAGACGAAGAGUUCAAGAUGUAUCCAAGACCAAGGGUGCUAAUAACAUAUUGCAGGAAGAGAAAAAAUUCUAUCUCUCUUUCAACUUGUGUACCAGAUAUCAUGGAGGAUGUUGCGAUUGAGGAGAGCAAAACAAAGUCCACUAACGCCGACACUACUUUGCCUGAUGAAUGCACUGUUUUUUCAUUUGAAACAAGGAAUCUACAGAUGUAUCCAAGACCAAAAGUGCUGAUAAAAUAUCGCAGGAAGAGGAGAAAGAAUUCUGUUGCUCUUGCAAGCACUAUACCAGCAAUUGUGGAGGAUGCUGUGAUUGAAGAGAGCAAAAUAAAAUCGGCUAACAUGGACAUCACUGUGCCUGCUGAAAGCAGUGAGUUUAUUGAGGUUAAUGAUUUUUCCAUUGUUACAAGGAGUCAACGAGUACAUCCAAGACCGAGAGUACUAAGAACCUAUUUUAGAAAGAGGAGAAGGAAUUUCAGUACUCUUGGAAACAGUUUACCAGCAUUCAUGGAGAAUGUUGGCACUUGCACUUUUGGGUCUUUAACCAAUGAAAUUUUCGAUGAGAAAAGACAAUCUUUAGCUGAAAGUAGUUCUUCUCCGUCAAAUAUGUGUGCUUUCAUAGAUGCAAACACUGAAAUCGCAAAUAUCAGGACCGUCCCUCCAUUGAGGAGAGCGCUUAAUGGACAUUCAAAUAAAAAGCUUCUUGUACUUGAUCUGAAUGGACUUCUUGCUGAUAUUGUUCCGCUUCAACUUGUGCCGCGUGGUUUCAAAGUGGACAUCAUUGUUUCAGGGAAAGCAGUUUUCAAAAGGCCUUUUCAUGAUGAUUUUCUGCAAUUCUGCUUUGAGAAAUUUAAUGUAGGUGUUUGGUCGUCGAGAAUCAGGAAGAAUGUAGAGUUGUUUCUUGAUUUUCUACUGGGAAAUGCCAAGGAAAAAUUGCUCUUUUGUUGGGAUCAAUCCCAUUGCACUGAUACUGGUUUCCCUGUUGUUGGUAAGAAGAGAAGCAAGUCUAUUAUUUUGAAGAAGCUUAAAAAAUUAUGGGAGAAGUUUGAACCAGAUCUUCCAUGGGAGAGGGGUGAAUAUGAUGAGUCAAACACACUUCUGUUGGAUGAUUCUCCUCACAAGGCCUUGUGUAAUCCACCAAACACAGCAGUAUUUCCAAGUACAUACCUCUACACGGAUGAGAAAGAUGAUUCAUUAGGGCCAGAGGGUGAUCUGCGCAUUUAUCUUGAUGGACUGUCCAGGGCUGAAAAUGUUCAGAAGUAUGUAGAGAGUAAUCCAUUUGGUCAACGACCAAUCACUGAAAAGAACGCAUCUUGGCGUUACUAUCGCAAAGUCAUUGAAGCCACUUCAUGCAUUCCAGAACAUAGUGCUAACACAAUUUCGACUUAACAACACCGAUGCUACACUUAAACUUUUGCAACUAUCUUUCGGAUAGCUGUAGUUGGGGGAUGCCUGCUUUGGUUGGGAUUCAAUAUUUUUUGAGCAUUACACCCAGGACACAACAACUGCAACAGUAGCCUCAUCCCUGACCCAAAACUGUAAAGUAUAUCCUCCCCCAUCAAGUAUACUCUAGUAGCAAGCUGUAACCUAGGCAAGUUCAUGUAGUAUUAUUCCAUCCAAGAACAAAGACGUAUAGUUAGUCCUGGCUUCGUGCAGCUCACAGGUACACACAAUAGUUUUGUUGUAUUUUUGGACAAAAGUUUUUUCAUUGUCCCUUUUCCCCCUGAUGGAUGAUGGAUUUUAGUUUUAUUGAAUUUCUCUCGAGUCUGAUUA